GAAAGAAAAAAAAAAGGCCGAGGUCAAAAAAGAGAAAGCCUUUGGUUUCCUUUUUUCCAGAACUAAAAUUGCUCUUCCUCGAGAGUCAAUUGAUACUUCUCCAUCAUCAACGAUAAGAGACAGAUAGGCAACAGAGUUUCAUUACAGAUUCCACCACCCCCAACGACCUUCUUGUACGGACCAAACUCCUCCCCAAUCAUCAUUCUCAACUCCUUCGAUUCGGAUCCAUUCUCUCAAUCCUCGAUUUCUCCGACUGGUAGAGAAAUGGCUAGCUCAAAGGGAACACAGAGUGUGAAAGACUUGAUGCACCCAGGCAAAAACGCUUUGCUCCCUCCAAAGAUUCCGUUUCCUACCGUUUCAGCACCAUACUCAGAGUAUAUCCCGCUUGGUUCAAGGCACCACGGUCACAAACUUAAUGAUGAGAAACCGCACCACCACCACCACCAUCAGCGGACUUCCUCCGAGAGCGAUUUGGUAGAAGAGCCUCCCUUCUGGCUAGAUGAUCUUCUCAAUGAGCCAGAGAGUCCUGUUCGCAAAUGCGGUCAUCGGCGUUCGUCCAGUGACUCUUACGCUUACCUAGACAUGGCUAAUGCGAAAAACAUUAGCUUGACUCUCCAAAACGAUUUCAGCUAUAGGAACACAGGUUCUUCCACUCAAAGAGGAGGGGUUCAUGAGCUUGAUUGGAACCAAAAUGCUGCCUUCUACUCUGAUUCUAAUUUUUUAAAUCAGACGAAUCGACAGAGGGAUUCUUUGGUGGCAGCAUCUGGUCCUCGUCCUUCUUGGCAACCUUUCACUAGAGAGAGUGUUGGUGGAAAACACAUGGGAUCAUCAUCAUAUAUGCCUCAAGAAGCACCAGAGACAAAGAACUACGCCAAAACUCUUUCCCAUGACGCUAAAAAGUUCUCUCCUGAGCAAAAACACUCCAAUGCUCAGCCUGUGACUUGUGAUGCUGACAAUACAAGACGUGCCAAACAGCAAUUUGCACAACGAUCACGGGUCCGUAAGCUCCAGUACAUAUCUGAACUAGAAAGGACUGUACAAGCAUUGCAGGCAGAAGGCUCAAAAGUUUCAGCUGAUCUUGAUUUUCUCAAUCAGCGGAAUCUUAUUCUCAGUAUGGAAAAUAAAGCUCUCAAGCAGCGUCUAGAAAGUAUAGCUCAGGAGAAGCUGAUCAAACAAAUGGAACAGGAGCUGUUGGAGAAGGAAAUUGGAAGACUACGUGCUCUGUAUCAGCAGCAGCAACAACAACAAACUCAACAACCACCAGCGAGUCACAAACGUGCCAGUAGCAAAGAUCUCGACUCUCAGUUCUCGAGUCUUUCCUUAAACAGCAAGGAUUCCAACUCUAGCCGCGACUCUGUAUCAGUGACGAGUCAAUUUCACUUUUAGUCAAUGAAUCUCUCUCUACCACCAACUGGUUCAUUAGAUCUUUAAGGGCCUGGCGUUUCAACAAGAGCAGGUCAAUCACUUUUUCCGUUUCCUGUAUUAUUUCCAGCACUUGCUUUUGGUGGGUUUAGUUGGAAGAUCAAGACACCUCGACUUCAUUUAUCUGGUGAUUGUUGUAGCGACUUGUGCUGUGGGACGAAUGUAUCGGAACCCUGACAAUAGUAGUAACACUGAUAUGUGGAGUUGUACUAUGAUAUCUACUGUCUGUUUGUUUGUUUGUAUUUUAUGUUACUGGUAAAAUGGUGCAUCCCCUUCGAGUGAAUGCUUCAUGUAAAGUUGAUGACAUUCUCUGUUGUAAGGUCUUUCAAGUGUCGAGUCGAGAUAUUUUAUUGCUUCAGAAUUUGCCUUGGUACUUGUAUCUUCAUUUAUAUGCUU